CAGCAUCUCGCUCUGUCUUCCAGGCUGGGGUGCAGUGGCGGGACCAUGGCUCACUACAACCUCAAUAUGCCAGGCUCAAGCGAUCCUCCCGCCUUGGCCUUUCAAGUAGGUGGGACCACAGGUGUGUGCCACCAUGCCUGGCUAAUUAAAAAAAAAAAAUUGUAGAGAUGAGAUCUUGCUAUGUGGCCCAGGCUGGUCUCAAACUCCUGGCCUCAAGCAAGCCUCCCAAAGUGCUGGGGUUACAGGCAUGCACCACCACACCCAGCCCUAAGGUCUAUUGUUUUUUUAAUUAACUCACAGGGUUUGACAAUUACAGGAGAAAAAAAAAUGAUUUCAAAUGCUUCUAUCAAAUACUUUUUCUACAUCUAUUGAUAAUAAUGAUUUUUCUAUAAUAGAUGUAGAAAAAGCAUUUGAUAAAAUCCAAUACUUCUCCAUGAUUUAAAAAAUAAUUCAAAGCAAGAUAGAAGAGAAUUUUUUAACCUGAUAAAGGGUACCUAUAACAGCUUUGUAGCUAUAAAGGUGACCCUGGAGGCAGAUCUGGGCUGAGUGAGUCACAGGAGUGGGGGAAGGUUAAGCCUCCCGGUCAUGGUCUGUUACAUAAAGAACCUGGAGGGGAGAGCUCUGAAGCUGGAAAUUCGAGGGGCACCCAGGGGUCCCCCGUGGUCCCAGCAACACAGAAUUUCACAUUGGUGCAUCUUCCUCUCGUAGGGAUGAACCAGACUUUGAAUAGCAGUGGGACCGUGGAGUCAGCCCUAAACUAUUCCAGAGGGAGCACAGUGCACACGGCCUACCUGGUGCUGAGCUCCCUGGCCAUGUUCACCUGCCUGUGCGGGAUGGCAGGCAACAGCAUGGUGAUCUGGCUGCUGGGCUUUCGAAUGCGCAGGACCCCCUUCUGCAUCUAUAUCCUCAACCUGGCGGCAGCCGACCUCCUCUUCCUCUUCAGCAUGGCUUCCAUGCUCAGCCUGGAAACCCAGCCCCUGGUCAAUACCACUGACAAGGUCCACGAGCUGAUGAAGAGACUGAAGUACUUUGCCUACACAGUGGGCCUGAGCCUGCUGACGGCCAUCAGCACCCAGCGCUGUCUCUCCGUCCUCUUCCCUAUCUGGUUCAAGUGUCACCGGCCCAGGCACCUGUCAGCCUGGGUGUGUGGCCUGCUGUGGACGCUCUGUCUCCUGAUGAACGGGUUGACCUCUUCCUUCUGCAGCAAGUUCUUGAACUUCAAUGAAGAUCGGUGCUUCAGGGUGGACAUGGUCCAGGCCGCCCUCAUCAUGGGGGUCUUAACCCCAGUGAUGACUCUGUCCAGCCUGACCCUCUUUGUCCGGGUGCAGAAGAGCUCCCAGCAGUGGCGGCGGCAGCCCACACGGCUGUUCGUGGUGGUCCUGGCCUCUGUCCUGGUGUUCCUCAUCUGUUCCCUGCCUCUGAGCAUCUACUGGUUUGUGCUCUACUGGUUGAGCCUGCCGCCCGAGAUGCAGGUCCUGUGCUUCAGCUGGUCACGCCUCUCCUCGUCCGUAAGCAGCAGCGCCAACCCCGUCAUCUACUUCCUGGUGGGCAGCCGGAUGAGCCACAGGCUGCCCACCAGGUCCCUGGGGACUGUGCUCCAACAGGCGCUUCGCGAGGAGCCCGAGCUGGAAGGUGGGGAGACGCCCACCGUGGGCACCAAUGAGAUGGGGGCUUGAGAGCCGCCCACAGGUGCUUCCCAUCUGUGCGAGCCCAUGCCCUGGAGAUUCCCAAGCCGUGAGCUGCCUCCCACCUCGUCCCUGCCAAGUGUCUGGCCCGCCUUCUUGGGGGAGCCCCAAGGACUUUGCAGCUGCAUGUGGGGGUCACUUCCCUGCAUGUCAAAACUCCCCACACCACCUGUGUCCUGGAUCUCACAAUGCAACCCCGCUGGAAGAUGCAAUUUAUUUGUUUAUAGCAGAUCAUCUGGUUGGGGGAAAAUAUUAGCUUUUAGCCCUACCCUGCUUUAAGCUGGUUAUCUAUGGGUGGAUAACAGAAAUCUCAUUUGAAUAUGAAAGCUUUCUCCCACCCACCUUCUCUGCCUAAGACGGCAUCUUUGUGGAGGAGGCAGGUGACCUCGGGUGAUCUUUGGCCCUAUGCUGGUCCUUGGGUGGCAUCAACUGGCCACCAAGGUGGUGCCCCCGUGCACCUUUCCCCAGGUGUGCCUGAAGUCUGGCAAGUAAACGGUGUCGCCAUCGCUGACCCGGAUCUCGCUGGCUGUGGGCCAUGAGACUCUGCCCCACCAUCCCUCUGACCCCUAGCCAGCCCUUGACCCCUGGCAUUUGCUAUGAGGUCGCCUUACCCUGUCACCCCUCGCACCCAGGGCAGGCCUGUUCACUUUCCUCCAGGCCGCACUGGGAAGGGAAGAGCCUCUGCCUGGCUUCACUGGCAGUCACUCCAGCAGACGCUGAUAGGACAGUGCCCCAGGCAGUGGAGGGCAGCCUUCCAGGCAGUGUCCCCCAGAGCCAGAGUCUCAUACCUCACUGACUGUCCCUCCCAGGGCCCCCUCACUUUGCCCAAAAGCCCAACGACGGAACAUCUGGGACACACAUCAGCUGGCUCCACUCUCCUCCCUCCCCCUUUCCUUCCCACAGUCCCCUGGGUCCAGAACAAGGCAGAUGUUUCCUGCACUUUCCACAAAUCACAGCCCUUUCCUACCACCCAGCAUCCAGCCUCGAGGCUCGGGGCUUGCAUGGAGGGGGUGCAAGACAGGAGGUCCCUGCAGAGUCAGUCCUGGACUUAAAGAGGUGAGGGAGGAGGAAAGACGGAAGUGGAAAGAUCCUGUCUCCAGACCACAGCCUGGCCUGCAAGCCUGGCACCUGGCUGCGUCAUCCUGUUUUUCAGGUCAGAAGGUGAAAAUGAUCUUGUUCUUUCUCUUGGCAUCUUUCUGAAGCAGUUUUCAGUCUCCUCCCAAAAGAUGGAGCCUUCGAGCCAGCCAGGGCACAGGUCAGAUCCUGAGACAGGAGAGGACAGCUCAUCAGUAAGCUAUAAAAUACAGCCCUGGAAUCAACUCUCACAGCCUGCAGUUCUGUGCCGUGGCAGGUGAUGGUGUCCUGGGGACUCGAAGACUGUGCCCUGGACAGGACUCCCCUUCCUGGGCUCCCCCUGGGUGUUCAUUGCCCUGGGCUGGGGGCUGUGCAGCCCUCCCAGAAGGAGAAAUUACCUCUGAGUGCUUUCCCAUCUAGGGCUCAGGCCCCCAGGUCUGUGUGUCCCAGAGAAGCAUGCGAGGCAGAGUGGUGGCUCUUUCUCAGUCAUUCCAGCAUUUAGCGGAGCACUUGGUACCAGCACUGGCCUCAAAUGCCAGAUGCACUUAACAAGUGCUCAUUUGGCCAGUAAGAGUAACUGAUGCCUGUACAAUGCUUUACAGCCCACGUUUUGUCCAGGAUCCAACCCAUAUCUUCUGACUACAAACCCCAUGCUUCACAACCCUUCUCCAACCUGGGCAGCCACGAGGUGGCCCAGUCUAAAGCCGACGGUUGGUAGGAAGACCAUCUUGCUUCUUAGCAGUCAGUGGCUACCACAGGGCCCCUCAUUUGCAAGGGGAGGAGCCCUAGAAAUUGUUCACACGAUGAUGUUAUGUUUCGAUAAAACAUAUAAAAUGAUAUAUCUGUUAGACCUUCUACUCCGGUACCUCCAUCACACUCCACUUUAGGUCAGGUGGCACUGGUGUGCCCACAGGUAUUUGGGGGGUGGGGCUGAGUGGAAGAGGAGUUAGGGGGUCCCUGCAGUUUGGGCUUAGUGAGGUGCAUUUAUGUGGUUUCCGAUCACUUCUGUGUGUGGUUAGGCAAUUGCUAGCACCCCAGGGUAGGAAUGGCUCCCAGAAACGUUGCCACUGCCUGCUGUGCCAGCUCCCCGGGCAUCGUGGAAAGAGCUGCCUGAAAAAAUGAACAGAUGAAGGAAGUAUGUGGGGGAGUGGGUAACAGAGAAGAAAUAAGAUUUGAAAUGUACAGAAUCAGAAGCUAGCUUACGGAAGAAUCCUCCAAUCCCCAGAUGUACAACUCUAAGUGGGGGGUUCUGUUCUCACGGGUGCCUGCUCAGAGCAGGUCUCACCUGUUAGCAAGAUCCUUGCUAAUGCAGCAUGUGUAAUCAGAACACAUACCAUACCUCUUUUCUCCUGGGAAAUGUGAAAGUACCAUUCAUGAGACACCCUGUUUUUGUAUCCAAAAUGCUGGAGCAGGAAUACAAAUGGCAAAAACGUCUCUGUGUGAAGUUGCAUGUUUUAUGUAUCCAGCUAUCACUCACUUAAAAUAAAUCCAAUCAAUGAGGAAAAACACAAUUAUCUUUCUCUUUUCUCCAUAGAAAGUGUACAAAAUUGAUCUAUGAAGAGGCAAGCAACAGUAUGCAGCCA